UUAUAAUUGGAGCGUUUUUGUUUUCUUGCGUCGCGUCGCGUCUCUCGCGUUCAAUUUUGAUGGGGCGUCCCUCCCUCUCCACCCGUAACCUCAUUUAUUGUGCGUUACGUAGGGGUCCCUCGAACUGAAUAUGUGGACCACGAAUGGUAGUACUCAGGCUUUUAAUACCGGAUUCUAAUGUAGCUAUGUAGAAAAAUUUGUAUCCGCAGCGCAAGAGAUAUCAACCGACAGAUUGGUAUCCACUAUAUCGUACAGUACGAGGCCUCAUCUCAUCUCCAGGGAACUUCACACCAAUGGCUGAUUCAGACGGCACGUCUACAUCUGACCGCAAGCCGCGCUGCCCACAUACACCUGUCUCACUUUCAUUGCCUUUCCUGAGAGAGGGCAGUAAUGUUUUGGAGAGGAAACCGCCCCAAACAGGGGAACCACCUAGUCCACUGCCAACCAAACGCACACGCACGUAUUCAGCAUCCGUAAGAGCCAAAUCUGGACCCGUCUUCAAGGGCAUUUGCAAGAACUUUUCAAGGUCACAAGGUCAUGGAUUCAUUCGCCCCUCCCAUGGAGGAGAAGACAUAUUUGUUCACAUCUCAGAUAUUGAGGGUGAAUACGUGCCAAUGGAGGGGGAUGAGGUGACCUACAAAGUGUGUCCUGUUCCUCCCAAGAACAUAAAGUUCCAAGCCGUUGAGGUGGUCAUCACCAACCUGUCUUCCGGGAGGAAGCAUGAGACCUGGUCUGGGCAAGUUAUCAGCUCCUAGCUCACACAUUCAGAGCUCAACAGAAGAAUAAAGGCAGAGAGGGAGAGAUAAAGGCAGGAUUUUAACUUGAGGUGCUCAUGUUGGCGUAAAAUGGUGUUGUGUGUAAGUAGGAUAGGGAUGGAAUAGCAAUUAGGGUUAUGCAACUGUUGUUUUCUCCGGUCUGGCAAAUAAGCAACAGGAAGUUGGUGAGGAGUCUGUUCGGAAAAUGUUUUGAGAUGCAAGUCAGCUGAGCUUUAAUAUAGCACUGGCAGAACAUAACAUAACUGUGAAACAAAAAGCAGCAGUGUUUCCCUUGUUUGAAAUUUUGUCAUUUAUAUGUAAUUAAUUAUGUAUUUAUUUUCACUUUAUGUACAGAGGCAUUUGAGUUCAUUGUGGUGUGUAUGUUCCACUCAUUUAUGUAAAACCGAUUUCCUAAAAUAAAUUAAUGCACAUCAAUGGGAACUUCCAUUUUCUUUACUUGUGAUUGAUAGGACUGAUAUUAGUUUUCUGGAAGAAAGCUACAAAUCUCAAAAUCACAGUAGCUCAUUUUGUCAAGAACAAUGCUUCUUAUGAAAGUUCUAAUAAAAGUGAAACAACACCGUG